AUGUCGGCCUUCCCAAACCUGCCAGAAAGCAUUCCUCGUGACCACGUCCUUCCUGUCGACGCCAAGCUACCCAUUGCCGUCAUGCAAGAAGUGUUCGACUUGAAGAAUGGCUCACAGCAUGUCGAACAUGCUCCACCAGCAAAGGCAGACCUAUCUGCAGAUCCGCAGGUCAAUGGUGUACAUACCAACGGCGUGCAAACGUACGGCGAGCACAAGACCACGGCAGCUACGUGGCAACUACACGACACCCCGAUUGAGAAUCAGAGGCCUAUACGGGUCAUUGUGAUCGGAGCAGGAUACUCUGGCGUCUACUGCGGUAUCAGAAUACCAGAACGGAUACGGAACUGUGAGCUGGUGAUCUACGAGAAGAACGACGGCAUCGGUGGGACAUGGUACGAGAAUCAAUACCCCGGUGCAGCCUGCGACAUUCCAUCCCACUCCUAUCAAUUCUCCUUCAACCCCAAACCUGACUGGUCAGCACUCUAUGCUCCGUCAUGGGAGAUCCGAGAUUAUAUCGAAGGCACGGCGAAGAAGUACGGCGCCGAUCGAUUCAUGAAGAUGAACCACGAAGUCAAAGAUUGCGAGUGGAGUCAAGAAGAAGGAAAAUGGCACGUCAAGGUCCAACAACCCAACGGCGAGAUCCUCUCAGACACAGCAGAUAUCCUCAUAAGCGCGAGAGGUCUGCUUAAUAAUCCGCAAUGGCCCGAUAUUGAGGGUCUGAGGAGUUUCGAAGGCGAGACGAUGCACUCGUCAAAAUGGAACAAAUCCUACGACUUCACCAAUAAACGUGUCGGUGUCAUCGGCGCCGGUAGCAGCGCAAUACAGAUUAUCCCCAAGCUUCAAUCCAUUCCCGGAUGCCAAUUGAAUUGCUUUAUUAGAUCGCGAACCUGGAUCUCGCCACCCUUAGGCCAAGCAGUCGCCGAUAGGAUGGGGAUGGGAGAUAAGCAUGAAUUCACGCCAGAGUUCCUCAAAAACAUCAAGAACGAUCCGAGGGCAUGGCAUGAUUUCCGCAUGAUGGUUGAGGCGGAUAGUAACAAUAUCCACUCCAUCACUUUGAAAGGCACGGAGAUGCAGAAGGGUGCGCAAAAGGCUUUCGAGGAGGGUAUGAAGAAUAGAUUAGCGCGAAAGCCGGAGUACUACGACUAUCUCAAGCCCAACUUCUCGCCUGGGUGUAGACGAUUGACGCCUGGUCCGGGUUUCUUAGAGGCGUUAGUUGAAGAUAAUGUGUCUUUCAUCCGGGACAAGAUUUCAAGAAUAACACCAAAGGGCAUCGAGACGCAAGAUGGCAAGCUACAUCAAGUCGACGCUCUGGUCUGCGCGACGGGUUUCUACGCUUCUGCCGCCCCGCCUUUCCGGACUGCUGGCUUAAAUGGAUAUGAGCUGAAGAAGCACUGGCAUACGCGCGCUACGAACUACCUCUCCCUCGCCACUGAUCAGUUUCCGAAUCAUUUCUUUAUGCUUGGACCAAAUGGAGCGAUUGGAGAGGGCAGCUUGACGAUGAUGAUCGAGAGUACAGGAGAUUACUUGGUCAAGGCCAUCAGGAAGAUACAAAAGGAUAAUAUCAAGAGUAUGGUCAUCAAACCGCAGAGGGUCCGAGACUUUACAAAUUACUGCGACGAGUACUUUAAGAUGACUGUGUACAUGGAUGACUGUCAAAGCUGGUAUCGCAAAGACGGCCAAGGCCGCCCCUCGGACCGCGUCACCGGGCUCUGGCCAGGUAGUACACUCCACUGCAUCGAAGCGCUUCGCUCGCCUCGCUGGGAAGACUACGAGUAUGAGUACAUUCCCGAGUCCAAUGGUGCAGAGUCGAAUGCUAUGGCGUGGUUGGGCAAUGGAUGGGGUGUCAAUCAGAUGAGACCUGAGGUGAGGGAACAGGAGUUGGCGUUUUACUUGCUGCCGAUGUUUCAGGAGAGGGAUUUGGGGGUGCCGGUGCAGGGGAAGCCGGAGGAGAAUGAACAGUAUGUUCUUAGGCCGUGGAGUUAUUAG